UCUCCUCUUUCUCCCUCUCUCUCACACACACAUACACACUCAGAGCCGUCUGCUCCGUGGGAACGCUGGGAUCCCGAGCAGAUCCCGGGCUGUUCCGGUGGUGCAUCAGGAUUCAGGGAAUUCACUUCAUUUCAUCUUUCUUAAUACAAACCGCGACAGAAACAUCUGCCUCUCCAGACCGGGUUUAGCCGAAGUGAGCGUUGGCUUUUACAUGUUUAUGACUGCCCUCACAGCAUCACUCAGGCUUAAACUCGACUGUUCAGCAAAAAAUUCCUCAACGUAGCCAUCAGGUGUGCUGAUCUCUGAGGGUUACAUCACCACAACCAGCUCAGGAAACCCUCCAGCUUCUCCAAGAUCUAACCAGCCCAGCGCUGACGACAGACACACAUACGCUCGAGCCAUGGCGGAACCGGACCUGUCGACCACGACUGAUCCCUCUCUCCGCUCGCCCCGCUCGGCCUCCCAUUCUCUCUCUUUUCCCUUCCUGAGGGAGGGCAGCCGCAUCUGGGAGAAAACAGGGGAACUGCCCAGCCCACUGCCCACCAAACGCACACGCACGUACUCGGCCACAGUGCGGGCGACCUCAGGUCCUGUGUUCAAGGGUGUGUGCAAGAACUUCUCGAGGUCACAGGGUCACGGCUACAUCAGCCCGGCCAAUGGUGGAGAAGACAUCUUUGUCCACAUCUCAGAUAUCGAAGGGGAAUACGUGCCUGUGGAGGGCGAUGAGGUGACGUAUAAAGUGUGCCCCAUCCCACCCAAAAACCAGAAGUUCCAGGCUGUGGAGGUGAUCAUCACUCAUCUGAACCCAGGAACGAAGCACGAGACAUGGUCGGGCCAGAUCAUCAGCUCCUAGACUUCAGGCUCAGGCCUACUGCUUACACACAGGGUGGAUCGGGGGAGGGGGAAGGGCUGGGUGGGUCUGGGUGUUUUUCAUAUAGGGACACUGCAGGUGAAGAGAGGGGAUGGAAGUGAGAAAGAGGCGGAUUGUGAAUGUAAUCGGCUGUGGAGGAAGAAAGCUGUUUUUUUUGUUUUUUAUGUUAAAGUGAGAACAAAGUUCAAAAAGGAAGCAACGGAAUUAUAAUUAAAGGAGAGUUAGAAUAGGGGUGGGAAGUAAUGUGAUGUGAUUGUUUCGAGGUACAGGUUAGGUCCUAGUCGAUGAGUAUGAACAGAAAGAAGAAAAGAGAGAAGAAGAAGGGAAACAUGGUCAUACUAAGUAGACUUACUGAACUGUGAAAGAAAAAAAAAGCAAUUUUCCUGAGCUACACAUGUAUGAUCGAAACCCCUUCUUUCAGCUGUUGGCCUUUAUGUAUUUAUUUAGAUGUAUGUUUGUUUAUUUAUUGAUUGGUUGGUUAGGGUUUUUUUUGUCAGUUUGUAGUAUUAGGGGGGUUUUCAUUCCGAAUUCUGCAAAUUAUGCUGGAAUUCAAGCACCACAGACUAAUGUUGCACUUAAAACUUGAAACCCCAAAAAAGACAUACUGCCAAACUGACUACAACUCCCAGAAUUCCAGUGGGAGCGAUUCAGGGUAAAACCAAGCAGCAUUUUGUAGUCCAAUUUAGAAGCAGCAGUUGGCCUAGCAAAAUACUUCUACUGAACACUCUACUUCUAUUGAAGUCCUUACAAUGUCUUGUGCUAUUUUCUGUUGUAUUUACGGUAUUUUGGCUUAUUCAUAAUGUGGUAGAAACUCAAAGUGUUGGGAGUAGUUUACGUAUUAGAUUUUUUAUUUUUGUUAGGCACAUGCUGUUCAGUGUAUGGUUAAACCUACCAUUGCAUGUAGUCAAGAUUCAUCAAGUAAUUUCUCAAACAAGGUUUCUAUGCAUCUUUUCUAUGCUUCGGUUUGUUUAUUUUUGUAUUUAUUUGGUUAUGGUCUGGUACAACAAGUACUCAGUUGACAACUGUUUUUUUUUCCCUUCAUGUUUCAGAGCACUUUUUCUCCGGUCAGAUCACUGUGGCUGGUGUAAGCGUCAUUUCCAUGUAAUCUUUGACAGAGUAAUAAAAAUUAAAAAAUUCUACUAGUCACCCA